AUGAACAAUCCUUUUUUUAUUAAAAAAUGUAGGCUAAUAAAUUUUUUAAAAUCAUAUUUUGUAAAUUUCAAUUCCAGUUGCUAUAAAUUAAAUGAAAUUAAAAAAGAAUGUGGAUCCUUUGAAAAAUUAUUAUUUUUGGGUAAUUAUGAAGUUGAAAAAUAUAUGAAUAAAGAAUUAAUUGAAAAAUACAGAGAAUGCAUAAAAAAUGAUUAUAAUAAAUUAAGAAAUAUACUAUAUGAGAAGGAAUGUAUUAAUGAUUACGAGAAAUAUUUAUAUGAUUGUAUAAAGAAUAAUGAUUAUAAAGAUUUAAUAAUAGGAGAUGUUAUUUAUGAAAAUAAAAAAAAAAUUUUAUGCAUAGGAGAAGCUAAUUUAUCAUUUAGUGCACUUUUACAAAAGAAUUUAAACUUAUGCAAUAUUGUUGCUACAUCAAUGGAGGAUGAAUCAAAAUUAACGAAAAGUUAUGGAAAUAUUUUUACAAAAAAUUUAAAAAUAUUAGAAAAUUAUGGGGGUAUUUAUGUAUCUAAUAUUAAUGUUGAAACAAUUGAUAGACAUUUUUUAAAAAAUACUUUUGAUAUCAUAGUGUUUAAUUUUCCUUUUGUACUGCCAACAAAAGAGCUUAUUGAGAAAAAAUGGAAUAUCAAAUUAAAUAAAGAAGAUGAUAAUUAUAUUAAAUAUUAUAAAAAAGCAGAAUAUUUUUUGCUUAAUAAGUUAUUUUAUUAUUUAUUUAAAAACUCCUCCACUUUAUUAAAAGAAAAAGGUUAUUUGCAUUUACGAAUUAAUGACAAAUAUUUAACGUGCAAGUUUCCCAAUGAUUUUUCAUUGUCUUUUAUCCGAAAAGUUGAUUUUUAUAAUUCCUAUAUUAUUUAUAAAUUAUUAAAAUAUAUUCCAUCCAUUUAUGACUCUAGUUUCAUAAAUUCAAAUAUUAAUAACUUAAAAAAAAAUAAAAAUGUUAUUUUUACACCUAAUGGAAAAAUAUUCAAAAGUUUUAAAAUGAAGCAUACAUCAACAUUAAUUUUUCAAAAAAUUUAA